AUGAGAUUAUCAACAGUUAUAAUUGUCCAAGGCUUGCUCCUAUCAGGUAUCAUUGCAUCUCCAAUUGCAGCACCAGAGUUUUCUGAAGACUCAACAGAUAUUUCCUUAGCUGCAGAUUCAAAACAACAAUACAACUUGUGCUUUGAGCAAACUAAAAGCGAAAAUUGUUAUCAACAUAGUGUUGAAGCUUGUGUUAAAAAACACAAAGAAAAUAAAGACCCUGAUGCAGAUGCUUUUUGUUCUUUCUGGUGCAGUGAAAUCAAGACUGUUGAUGAUUGUAAAAGUUUAAAGAAAAGCUUGAAUUACAAUCCAUCUUUUGCUUGUGAUGAACAAAAAUAUUGUUAA